GUAUCAUUUUUCAGUAUCACUUCUCAAAGAAGGAGAAUACUGCAAAUAAAUGGUGUGACAGAAUUAAUGGCCGUAAUGAUGACGGUGAUGACACCAGUCCACAGGUUAGAAGCCAACAGCUUUAUGAGAAUGCGGUUGAGAUUCAGCUGGUUUUCAUCUAAAAAUGCACAACAAGAUCUGUAAAAGUGGGGAAGUCUCCUGGAACGGGCUUUCAGCUACACCCAGAAUCACCCCCAGAAUCACCUCAUUACUGUUGAUUAGGUUGGCGUGCGAUUGAUUACUUUAGUAGCUGUAUAGGACCUACUGUGACAUAAAAGCGUCUCUUGAGAAUGCGCUGCUAUUGUAUUUUGGGACAUUAAUGACUUGACUGCCGAUAGCAUUUGGAUUUACAUAAACUACAUGCAACAGUGAAACUGAUGUGUCAUACAACGAAGUGUUAUUCAGAGCAAAAAUUUGGAUUUAAUGUGGUUUAUUAUUGCAAAUGACAUAGUUAUUAAUAAAGACCUGUGCUUGACGCUACUCAAGGAGAGAUAAUUUGGCGAUAUGAUAAGCUGGUCGGAGAAAUAAGUGAGGAAACACGGUCAGUGACCUGAGGCUACACUCCACCAGACAUCAUUUGUGUCUUGCAGGUUGCACACCACCAAAUUAAUCAGCUCCUGAAGAUGGCAGUCCCAGACCUGUGUCCUGGAGGGGGUCAAAGAAUGACGGCAGACCGGUUCCACUCGUUCGCCAAAUGUAACAGCCUGGAACCUGUCAGCGAGGAUUGCGAUGUCACUAUAGCAACCAUAGGGGACUCUUUGUUUAUCAACGGGGAGAUUGUACCCCAUUUUUCCGACGGAAUUGCUGUCGACGCCUACUACCAAAUUGAUAACAUGGGGGAUAUAUCGAAAUCUUCGAGUCUACGAGGUAGCAACAAGACUACGAGGAGUGAUAAGGCCAAUAAUAACGCAAAAAGCAAUGGAUUUUUAUUCAAACAUUCCUCAAAAAAGGACAAACCAGAGGCAUACGGUCUUUCAGCUUUAAUGCGUGGUGAAUCAGUUGAAGUUAAACGUAAACAACUUCGGUCAGCGAGCAAAAUGUCAUCACUGUUUGAUGAAUUCUCACUCUCCAAAAUCAGGACAAACUUUAAACAGCUUGACAUUGAAGACAUGUAUCAGGACUACUGUUUGUCCAUGCGGCGGUCACUUGUGGUCAUUCUACUGGUCAUUGUCAUGGCAACCUGCCUGGCAACCAUCAUUCUGCACUUUGCUGAAAACAAGGUCACACGAUUAGGUAACCCAGAGCCAGCAUUCAUUAUCAUGUGUGGGGGAUUGUUUAUUACGGGGGUGCUGUUUGGACUAGUCAUCACUGAGAAACUGUUCCGUCGAGCCCCCUGUUUGCUCUCGUUGGCUGUAUGGCUUAACAUGACCCUUAUAAUAUCUGCCUAUUCGGCAGCCCUUCCAGAGACGUCUGUCAGUGAUGAUCUUCCGGCAGUAUUUUAUCUCAUCAUUGUGCAGUAUAUGAUGCUACCUCUGCCAAAACUGUUGUCUGUCGGGCUAGGUUUCUUGAAUAUGUUCCUACAAAUCCUGGUUGCAGCACUUACCACGGAACUUCACAGAGAAAACCUGGCUUAUCAGUUGGCAUGUAACGGUUUGCUGCUGGGAUGUGCGAACAUGCUGGGUUUUUACCACAAAUACCUAACAGACAUCAGCCAUAGGCACACAUUUUUGGAGGCCCGCAAGUCCAUCAAGUCUAUGGUAGAGCUUGAACAGGAGAAAAAAGAACAGGAGGAGCUGUUGACAAGUUGUAUUCCGAAGGACCUGAUGGAGUCCAUGAAGGAAGACCUAACCCGUAAGAUGAUGAGUAAGGUUCCAAAAAUAACCCCCUUCCAUGACCUCUAUGUCAAACACCACAGUAAUGUCAGUAUCUUGUAUGCAGACAUUGUAAACUUUACACCGCUCGCUGCAGAGUGCACGGCCCCGGAACUCGUGAAGAUGUUGAAUGAACUCUUUGGCAGAUUUGACCAACUUGCUGAUAAAAACAACUGCAUGCGUAUCAAGAUCCUCGGUGACUGCUACUACUGUGUGUCCGGGCUGCCGACGGGGACCGAGAAACAUGCCCUGAACUGCGUAAACAUGGGUCUCCGUAUGAUCGAGGCUAUAAGCAAUGUUCGGGAAGCUACAUGUGUUGAGGUAGAUAUGCGUAUCGGUGUACACUCAGGCACAGUUUUAUGCGGAGUUCUUGGACUCAAGAAAUGGCAGUUUGAUGUCUGGUCUGAUGAUGUUACCAUUGCCAACCACAUGGAAUCAGGUGGCGUCCCUGGGCGUGUCCAUGUGUCAGAGGCGACCCUGGGUUACCUGGGCGGAAAGUAUCGGGUGGAGCCGGGAAAUGGCGGGAAACGAGACAGUCUUCUCCUGGAGCGGAACAUCCCGACGUACCUCAUAGUGCCUGAACAGAAAACACUGGGAGGCAAACCAAUCAGGAACCGGUUUAACAGCAGUACGCGUGCAUCUGUCAGGGUGUCACAGUAUCUGGAGAGCUGGGGCAUUGACAAGCCAUUCUCCAACCUGCAAGUCAGCAACAUGGCUACAAAACUGCUCAGUGUCACUAGCCUUGCAUUUCUUGACUCCUCACUUACAAUGAAUACUCCAACGAAAAAUGAAAGCCAAAAAGCAAUGUCGCUUACCAAACAUUUUAAUGAAGAAGUGAACAAAACUCUAGCAAGGAAGUCACAGGAUCUUGGAAUUACGAGUUGCUGGUCAUCGGGUCACGGUGAGUUCCAGUCGACCAUGCUUCUGUUCAAGGAUAUCGACGUGGAGACAGACUACAUCAGACGUCUCGAUCCUGCUUUCAGAUUCUGUGCUGCAUGUGCGGCAAUACUUUUCACAGUGCUCGCUAUUACACAGCUACUUAUUCUGCCCACAGGCCCCGCAGUGAUAUCGUGUUUUGUGAUUGGCGAAGUGUUCUACAUUGUUCUUAUUCUAGCUUGCUUUGCAAGCAAGAUUUUGGAGUUUUUCGGGCUUUUUGCAAGUGAAUGGGGUCGAGCCCUGGGACGUACAUCCGACUACAUCAUCGAUAAACACUGGCUACGCACCUUUCUUGCUUUCUGUUGUGUGUUGCUCACAGCAACCAUGUCCUGCAUCGGCCUUAGUGAUUGUAGUGAUUUUCCAGUAAGUGUCCCCCAAACAAAUGGCACCGAUCCCGACCUUAUAAUGCAGUCGUGUGGAUACCCAAUGUACACAGUUGUGUGUAGCCUGUGUGUGCUGCUAUGCAACGUGAUCUUCCUGAACGUGCUCUUCUUUAUCAAGCUGUCCCUCGCUAUAGCAACAUUUAUCGUGUUCAACGUGUUGUUCCAUGCUGGGACACAUUCCAUUUUGCCGUUUGCCUUUACUGAAGCAAGGUAUUUUGGUUCAAUGAGCGUGGGGGACCAGGCCUCGAUGUAUCUCACCAUUUUAUUGGUCACAAUUGUUGUCCUUGACAGGCAGGUUGAGUGCACGAAUCGUCUCGACUUUAUAUGGCGUCGUCAGUGUCAGAUGGAGGAGGAGGAAGUUAAGACGACGGCAGCACUCAACAAAAUGCUCCUGGAAAACAUACUCCCCACCCAUGUGGCAGCUUAUUUUCUCGGCCAUACGCGUAGGGAUCUGUACAGUGAGUCGUACAGCUGUGUGGCUGUAAUGUUUGCCUCUAUCCCAAACUUCAAGGAGUUCUACCAACAAAAUAAUGAGAACAAAAAUGGGCUUGAGUGUAUCCGAGUUCUGAAUGAGAUCAUUGCUGACUUUGAUCAGUUGCUGUCUCGCAACCAGUUCAAAGGUGUAGAGAAGAUAAAGACGAUUGGCAGUACGUACAUGGCGGCUACGGGGCUGGCCCCCGGGCUUGGCGGUGAGAAGGGUACAGGGGAAAACAAUAGGAAUUGGGAGAGUACUGGACCAGAGCAGGAGAGAGAUCAUGUGGUUAACAUGACAAACUUUGCCUUCGCCAUGAUCAAGUUUCUGGAUGACAUUAAUGAUAACUCCUAUAACCAGUUUCAUCUGCGUAUUGGUAUAAACCAUGGCCCUGUGAUGGCUGGGGUGAUAGGGGCACGGAAGCCCCAAUAUGACAUCUGGGGGGACACAGUCAACGUGGCCAGUCGCAUGGAUAGCUCCGGCACUGAAGGAAAAAUACAGGUGCCAGAGAAGACAGCAGAGAUUUUACAGGAUGCGGGCUUCAAGUGGGAAUAUCGUGGAAAAAUCAAGGUGAAGGGCAAGCCUCCAAUGACAACAUACUUUAUAAUUGCAAACCCUGACCAUUCUAUACGGGCUAGUCAUGUCUCCCUAAACUUUAACCCACGGGAUUCCCAAUCUGUCCCUGGAGAAGUGACACAAGGAAUUAGUUUAUUGGCCCCAGGGUCAAGGUCACAUGGGGUCAGUUUGCAAACCCAAGGGUCAAAGUUAGGGAUAUCUGAAGACACUGAUAAUGAGAUUAUGUCUAGUCAACUGCAAAAUUCCCCAGGGUCAAACAAAGAACUAGUUUGUUCUGUGGAUCAAGUUGAGUCGUCAGAUGUGCGUGAAAAUAAAGAAUGCAGUGAUAUAAGUGCCAAUAAUAAUGGGAUGCUGAAAAGUGCUUCUAAAAGAGGAAUUGUGAAUAAAUCAUUCGAAUCAAAUCUUGAACAUAUAGAGGAAGACAUUCAUGGAGAGUGUAGAACUUCACUGGCUAGCACUGGUGGCGGAAAUGUGGAAAACAAAUUGAUCAGUCAGCUACAAAAUGAUUCAAGUAAAAAAUAUCAAGACACUUCGGAUAAUACAGGAGAAGUGAUAGCUAGAGUGCAUUUUGAAAAUGAAAAGAAUGAUUGUUGUGAUAAAAAUGACUCGACUAUUUCUGAAGAUAAAUGUGCUCAUAGUCAUGAUCAUCACCCUGCCGAAGCACAUCAUUUGACUGAACUUGAAAACUCUGACACAACUGAAAAUGAAGUUGUGAUGAGAAAACACAGCAAUGGUGGCCUGCCGUGUUUACCAAGCUUCAACACAGAGAGAUUAUCAUUAAAAAAGAACUCGAUAAAAACAAAUACUGGUAGUAUAAAACGCAAUUCUGGGAAUGACUGAAUAUAAUAAACUGGUCGAGGUGAUUAUAAUGUAUCACUGUGGAAAAAAGGGGUUCAUAUUAGCCAAUCUGGGUGGCAUUCAAUAACUACCGUAGAUUUAACAUAAUAUUGGAGUAGAGCGAGUGUUUUGAUUGGUCUGUACCGGUAUUAUUAAUUAGCCAAUACACUAUUGGAUCAUGGAGGCAUGUCUAAGGCUGUAUAAGAACUUAAUUGAAUAGUCGGCAUCAGCCCAACGACUGGCUGGAACUAGGAUGGUUGGCUUGAUUGAUAACCAAACAUGAGUAUUCGCGCAGGUGUCAAUAGAUGACAUAUUUGUAACUAGUGACAUACUUUUCAAAAACACAUUUAGUCAACCUGUACAAAUAUACAUCUGGCAAAGUAAUACAAUUCGAAAGGCUUAGAAGAUGGAUUUUAUAUGUGCUGUGUUCACUCUGUGAUAAUGUCACAAUUGUGGCUGCACUUCGGUAAAGUACAAUAAAAAUAAGAAUAGUUAGCAUAUUGUGGAGAGAUUUUAUGUUUUUUAUUUGGCCUUUUAUUUUAACAUUUUACUGAAGAGAAAAUUGUAAAUCUUUGAUGUUCAAAAUUUCUAGGAAGAUUUCAUUCAUAAAAUAGAAAUUAAAAAACCUUUUUUAUAACUGCUUUAUGCAUUAUUAUGCUGUUGAAAUUUGAUUAUCAUGUCAUUGCUAUCGUUUUAUGCUUUUGGGGGUUGGGAAGUUGGAGGAAUUUGAUUAAUUGAUAUGCUAUGUUUUACGGGUGCCACAAAUCAUUUUAAUGUAAUUCAUUUUUACACAAAAAUAUACGCCUUCAUAUUUUGUUGUCAUUUAAGGUAUCUGAUACAAAAUAUAGUGGGUUUUCGAUAUCUGCCAACCCCACAAUUUUGUAACGUUGGUCUCAUUUGGGUUUUUUUAUAUAUAGAAAAAGAAUAAAAAAAGUUUCUUUGGUCUAUGAAGAUGGCAAAUAAUGUCAUUUUACAUCUGAUUUUAACUGUAAGAAAGACCAAAUAGACAAACUGUGAUUUUGAUUAUAUAUUUUUCAUAUUUAUAAAAAAGCCAGUAGUACCCUUAAGAAUGAUACCAACGUUUUAUAUGAGGUCAGUUUGCAACAAAAAAUAUUGGAAUUAACCAUCAUUGGGUAUUAGAUGUAUCAGGGUUUUUUUGUGGGUUGCUUCCCCACAUUCAUGUAUGCAUAGAACAAAAUAUUUGUGUAAAAAUUGUCCAUUAACCUUUAGUGAACCUACAAUACAAAAAUACAACAGAAUCAUAUUUGAAGAUUUACAUUGUAAAUGCUUUCUCAAUUUGGGUUCAGUUUUCGCUUCUUAUUAUAAUAGGCAUUUAUUUUGUACAGUACUAUAAUGGGUUACACCACUGUAUUGAAAGUUAUAAAAGCCGAACACUAUACAGUCGAACCCCAUUUGCUCGAACUCCCAGGGACCGUUGAAAAUACCUCGAGUCUCGGAAAAUUCGAGCCAAGCGGUUAUGCUUACAUUCAGUAUAAAGAAACUGGUUCUUUACAUCAGUUUGAGCCAUCAAGGAAUUGGAGCCAAGCGAGUUUGAGUCAAUGGGGUUUGAGUGUAGAAGUAAGCAGACAGACUAAAGAUCAAUUCUGUUCUUUAAGUUCCAUGCCAAAGGAAAUAUUGCUUAAUGUUAGAGAUGUGCCAAAGCCUUGUAUAUGUUGUAGAUAGAAUAUAAGUACAAGCAAUCUGUCUUAAGUUCAGGAAUCAAAGCAAGGUGAAAGGGAACGUUGUUCUAGUCACUGCAAUAUUUUGUGUUUCAAAAAAACUGUGUUUGACAUUGCUCACUAUUACAUUUGAGUUACAUUUAGCUUACUUCUAGUCUAUUUUAAAUUUGUUUCUGUUUUGUUAAAAUUCUUAAGGCAUACAUGCCAUAUCCCCCGGCGGGGGGAAAAAUCCCCCGGAAUUUCGACCCAUCCCCUGGUCCCCUGCCGGGGGAUCCAUAUCCCCUGGAAUUUGAAAAAAUAAAAAAUAAAUAAAAUUCAAAACUUGCUUAUGGUUGACAGUGGAAAGCAUCAAUAAUAUUAUGAGUGUGAAAUUCCAUGAAGGACCAUGAUGACUAAGUCCAAAAAUUAUUGUAAUUUGAGUGUAUAUCUGUAUUUAUUCUUAUAUUAUAAAUGCAGAUAUUGCGCAAAUUUACGCUGCGUAAAAAUCCCCUGGUGUAAUAUCAAAACACCCUGGAAUUCAGACCAAAAUCCCCUGGGAAGCCUCUCAGAUAUAUGGCAUGUAUGCUUAAGGUAUCCGACCCACAAGUGUUGUGAUGCUUUAUAAUGUAUAGGAUUCUGUGCGCGGAAUAAGAAAAUAUAAAACAUUUACUAAAAUAAAUAUAACAAAAAAGUUAUUUUUACCUUCAAAGAUUGCUAAAUUUGUCAUUCAGAUUCUAGUUUCGGUUAAAAAUAAAGUAAUAACAUCAAUUGUAAUAACUUUAUGUAUACUGCACUUUUGAUAUUUUUUUUAUACCGUAGUAUUUGUAAUCAACAAGAAAAAACUGUAUCAACAUUUGACAUUUAGGUUAAUUGAGCUAUCAGAGAACUUGCUUACUUGUGGGUCUGAUUCCUUCAAAGCAAGUUUUAUACAAUGUUUAAUUUUAUGCAUUCCAGAUGGAUUAUAUAUAUGACUUCAAUUUUAAUCAUGAAUUUUUUAAGUCAUUCCAGUUCUUCUACUUCUACUUGCCACAACAGUUAUAACCUCUGAACCAUAUAAAUUUAUUAUACUAGUUCUAUUUAUCAAAUGUGUUUUAUCAAAUAUAUAUAUUUUAUCAUGUUUUAUAAAUUGCAAGUCAUUUUCUUCCAUUUUCAUACAAUUAUGAUCCUACACGUUGUAAUAAUAAACUUAUCUUUUCUUUAUGGCUUAUAAAGCUCUGAUGGUUCAUCUAUCUUCGUUUAUACAUUGAAAGUGUGUAUUUUAUAUUGUCUUACAAAUCUAGUCAUCAUUUUGAAAAGUCUUUUUUUCCUGUGUUCUUUGCUUUGUUAACAUCACACAAAAUCAGUCUUGCUCUCCGGAGCCAGUGAUGCAGUUAAAUUAUAUGGAACAUACAUUAUGUGAUAUUAUUUUUCAUACACUGGAAUUUAUUUAAGUUACGAUAGUUGACUGGUCUAAUACUUCCUUAAAGGUUAUGACACAAAUGAUAACAUUUGUUUGAUUUUGAAAUACGCUUUUUAUGAUUUAACAGCAGUAAAACUCAGCUCUCUAUUUUUAUAAUAGUUGUUCAAAGAAAUCAAAGAAAAUUUACAUGAAUUAAAUAAUGUUGUAUUUACCGAACUUUAAAAGCAGUGUAUAUUCCAAGAAUUAAAACACAGUGUAUUUUGCAUGAUCUAAGUAACAGUACAUUUUCCAUGACAUUAAUAGAUGACAGGACACUUUACACGACCUUAAAUAACAGCACACUUAAUGACCAAGUACACUUAAUGACCUAAAUAACAGCCCACUUUCCAUGACAUACUUAACAACACACUUUCCAUGAACUAAAAAACAGUUCAUUUCUUAUGACCUUUAAUAACAUCACACUUUCCAUGACCUAAAUAACAGCACACUCUCAAUGACCUAAAUAACAACACACUUUCCAUGACCUAAAUAACAGCACACUCUCAAUGACCCCAAUAACAGCACACUUUCCAUGACCUAAUUAACAGCAGACUUUCCAUGACCUAAAUAACAGCACACUUUCCAUGACCUAAAUAACAGCACACUUUCCAUGACUUAAAUAACAGCACACUCUCAAUGACCUAAAUAACAGCACUCUCUCCAUGACCUAAAUAACAGCACUCUCUCCAUGACCUAAAUAACAGCACACUUUCCAUGACCUAAAUAACAGCACAUUUUUAUGAUCUCAAGCUUGCAUUUAUAAUACCUGAGUAAAUUCACAUUAACAAUAACUAAUCAUAAAUGAAUGAAAAUAGUAUCAAAUUUAUCAUGAUACUGUUAGUAUAACAUUUAGCAUGAGCAGAAUACGAAUAUCUGUCUAUCUACAAAUUUCUUGAUAUAACCAUAUAACAAAUCACAUUCACUAUUUAUAUUCUAAUAGGUUAGGAAUUAAAAUCACAAACCCUCAGUCAUUUAUUCUUUACCCUUUUUGUAUUCUUAUUACCACUGGGAUUUGAGAUCUGCUUCAUUCAUUUUUUUGUACGCACUUUGUAUACAUGAACCAUGUUAAUUGCAUUUGUGAAUAUGUACAUGUAUGUUGAAUAUCUACUUUUGUUAUCAAUUGACUUUGUUCCACUUGUUAUGUUUCAGAAACUCAGAAAUAAAUAAAAGAAUGAAAAUAUUA